ACUUAGUGUAGGUGUUACGUCAUCAUCAUGCGACGAGGGGAAACGCAUGCGGAAAGCGCAGAGAGAAAUGUGUCACUGCUAGGCAAAAAGUGUUUCUACGUUAAUUUGUUGGAAACAUGGCGCCGGUACAACAAGAACCAGAGAUCCAGUUCGCUCAAAGAUUGGCAUCUAAUGAGAAGCCCAUGCGAACAAAAGCCAUCAGGAAGCUAAGAAAAUAUAUUAGUGUUAGGUCACAGAAAAUCCAAGGUGGGUUUGAAGGCGACGAGUUACUCAAACUAUGGAAAGGACUCUUUUAUUGCCUGUGGAUGCAGGACAAGCCACUUCUUCAGGAGGAGCUGUCGAAUCAGAUCUCUGGCCUGAUGCACAGCUUCCAGAACAUCCAGAGCCAGUUCAUGUUUCUGGAGACCUUCCUGCAGACCAUCAAAAGAGAAUGGACUGGCAUUGACAGGCUUCGCAUGGAUAAGUUCUUCCAGCUGGUUCGUUUCGUGUUCAGGAACACUUUUGAGAUGAUGAAGAGGAAAGAAUGGGAGACCAGUGUGGUGACCAGGUUUCUGGAGCUCCUGACUGCCCAGGUCCUCAACAGCUCCAGCGGAGCUCCCUGUGGAUUACAGUUCCACAUACUGGACAUCUAUAUGACCGAGCUGGCUGCAGUCGGCUCAGCUGAGCUCACAGCGGCUCAGAACCUGACAUUCAUUGACCCUUUCUGCAAAACAGCAUCUAAAACGAAAGAUCGGAUCCUGCUCAAGGCUAUCUGCAGCAGCAUUUUCAGCGCCAUCGUGGACCAGGCUCCCUUCGCCAUCGAAGACCUGUUGAAGGAAGUGAAGGCUACAGGUGAAGGGGCUGAGGAGUCCGACUCGGGACAGGCUUCUGAAGAGGAGGAGGAGGUAGAGAAGGAGCCCCCCAAGGGCAAAAAAACUGCAAAGGAACCCCCCAAGAAAACCACUGGUGGGCAGACCAACGGCACUGUAUCAACUGAGGAAGAUGAUGAUGAUGAAGAUGGUCUGGAGGAUGAAGAAGAUGACGAAAUGCUUCAUCUGGAGAGUGACUCUGAGUCUGAGAUGCCAGAUGACGCGGGAAUAGGACCUGUUCUCCAGUUUGACUACUCUAGCCUGGCAGACAGGCUGUUUGGGCUAGCCAGACGCAGCAACACCCCUAGCCACAACAGACAGAGACUGUACAAAGUCGUCAAGACUCUCCGGGAUCUCGGUGAAGGAGUCUUUCCACAGGAUGAGUACCCAGAGGAGGUAUCGACAGAUGAGGAUGACGAUGAAAUGUUUGGCAGCAGAAAGAGGAUGAAACGGGGACGAGGCUUAGGGGAGGAGGAGGAAGAGAGCUCACCAGCCAAGAAAUGGAAAGGCAAGAAAAAAGACUCCAAAGCAAGAACUUCUGACCAGACUGCCGCAACAGAUGACACUAAACCAGCGGAGACUCCCGGAGACUCCAAUAACAAGAAAAAGAAGAGGAAGAGGAGGAAGAAGACUGGAGAGGUGAAGACUGAAGAGCAGAACGGGGUGGUGGCGAAGUCAGAGGUGAAGGCUGAGGAGGACACAACUCCUGCUUCUGCACCGCAGACGACAGACUCUAAAGAAGCAGAGACGGAGCCCUCUAUCCCAGCCAAGGGCACUGAUACGAGAGCGGCUAUCCUGAAGGAGAAGGCAAAGGUGACAGCCAUGGAGACAGGGGUCCAAUCAGAAACUCCACGGGAUGUAGUGGUAGGUAACCUAUCAUCUGUCACAGUCAUGGAGGUAGACCAGAAGAAACAAUCAGAGACUCCGAAACCAGACGCCACGUCUUCCAAGAAGAAAAAUAUCAAGAAGUCCAAAACGCCUGCACCGAAGGAGGAAGAGGUAGCAGAACCAGCCAAGACUGCCCCUGAGACUGCUACUACCACCCUGAGCAGGAGGAAAAACACCAAGCAGAAGCCUGAGGAGCAGACAACCGUAGAGGAAGUUGAAAUGACGUUAGAAACAGUAGACGAGACCACAGCCACCCCACCGAAAAAGAGGAGGAGGAGGAGGAAGAAGGUUACACGGACCGCUGAGGAAGCUGAGACAGACACAACACAGGUGGACCUUGAACCAGAGUCUACACCAGCCAAGGAGCCUCCAGCUGACCUCCGCAUCGCCGCCACUCCCCUGAAAAAGAAGAAACUAAAGGUGGCAAAGGCUGGAGAGGAGAGCACUGAGGCUGAAACCCCACCGAAAGCAGAGGCAAACCUCACACUGAUCGACACUGAGGUACAGACGCUGGAGGCCGCCACACCUACCCCACUCAAGAAGAAGAAGAAGAAGAGAAGCUCUGGACGGGUAGCGCAGGAGCCAGAGACCACAACAGUGGAGGAGAGCGUUUCAGAGGAGCAGCCUACAGAUGCUGACCUGGACACGCCCCUGAAGAAAGGGAAGAAGAGGAAGGUCCCGGUAGUGAUAGAGGUCGAGGCUGAGGUCAACGGGGUGGCUGGAGGCAAGAAAGCCAAUCUGAGCAACGACAGCAAAGAGCUGUCCACGCCAAUGAGCGCCAAGAAAACAAAAAAAAUGACGCCCAAGAAGGCAGGGGCGGAGUCGGACUUCAUCACGUUCCAGAACCAUGCCACCAUCCCUACUCCCCUUUUCUUCAAGACCACCAAGGGAAGCCCCAGCACACCACUAUCCGGCAAGAAGAAGAAGAAGUGUCAGACUCCAAAGUCCGAAUCCAAGAAGGUUACCUUCGGACUCAAUAAAAACAAAACUGCAGGAUCCCCAGAGUUCAGGAAGACUGACCGCAGCCUGCUGGUGAGUCCAGAGGGGUCAUCCCGAGUGCCCUUUGACCCCCAGCAGAAGCCCCUGUUUGGGGUCCUGAAAUCUCCAGAGGCCUUUCUUACCAAAAGCACUAAGAAGACCAAGAGCACCCUGAAAACCACCCCCAAACGCCCCACUGCGGCUGACUUCUUCUAGUCUUCUGUGAGGAGACUGGUGAGACAGAUGACCGUCCCACCCCCACUGUUUGUCCACCAGGAAAAUAUAAUUAUAAACUGAAUAUCCACAGAUUCCCCUAUGGGAAGAGAGUGAUCUUGAUAUACAAAUGUUUUUUUUUUUUGUAAUUUCAAAUUUUCCAUGUUUUGCUGUUCUGUGGGUGAGCAAGUGUUCAAAUAAAAACUCACUCCCUCAUUUUAGUGAA